CUUUCUUCCUUUCUUUCUUCUUUCAGAUUGCGCUUCUCGUAGACUCCCCUUCUCUUUCUCUUGUUCUUGAAACAACUUCCAGAAGGCCAAUGUACUCACAGGCGACAUCAUCGAUGGACAACAGCAACAACACCGCCGCCAUGAGUCAAGAUACCUGUAACAACAAUCCCUCCUCCUCGUCAGGCGUACCGUCAUCACUAGCAGUCGCAGAAGAUCGUGCUGUGAGCUACAGUGGCGACAGAGGCUAUCACGAUGACACGGCAGCAUCAGCAACAUCAGAGGCUAUCAAUCAACAUCACCAGCAAUACCAAAGUUCUCAACACCACGCGCCGUCCGUUUUAUCCACAACACCUUUGCCCGCACAAGGCGAUUCGGGCACUACAGUGACCGUACUGGUUCCUGCCUCCCUUGUCUACUCACGACUAGCACCACGCCGUGUGUUUUGCAUCGCAUUUGGUCAGCUCAUAUUGAGCGACACCCGUGUACUACUGCCCUCUGCGGACAACAGAGACUGUGUUUCCUUGAUAUGUAACGCACCGCCGCGUCAUCACUUACACAUACUGCCGCCCGUAGUCUCCGAGCCCGUCUACGUCUGUCUGUUAGAGAACGAUGCCCUGGUCGAAGUUUGGUUUGCUGGCCAGUUUACAUACACGAGCGAUAUGGCUGAUGCACCUUCUACUAACCAGCAACAGCAACACCACCUACACGAUGCUGUAAAACAAGAGACAAUGGACACUCCAAAGCUGCUGACACAGGCAUGGCCUCGUGUAGCCACCACUCCAUCAUCAUCAUCAUCAUCAUCGUCAUCAUCAUCAUACAUGACCGAGGAAACUAAAGAUCAAGCCAUUGCAGCAACCACUACCUCAGCGUAUAGCUAUUGCUGUCCAUCAACAAGGCCAUCUGCCUCUACAGUGCCAUUACCAUCAUCCUUGCCUCCAUUGCAGACGCAGCAGUACAUCAAUGAUGGAUCAACAAGUGGCCCGUGCAUGACCGCGUUCUCUCAACAGCAAGAGUAUUACGAGCCAAACUCUACUGCAUUCGCUCCCGCCAAGAGAUACAACUACCGAGAACACAACGGUAACACAAGGCCGGGGGUCGCGGCCAAUGCAUCGGUCUCGACUGCCAUGUUCAAUGUUGCACAACAGCAACGACUUCGAUCCAAUGUAACAGAUACAGCAGUACCGCCAACGAUGACACGGCGUCAUUCCCACCAUCAUCUCGAAGACCAGCAACAAGCACCUGGCAGCAAUAAUGAAAAGAGAUCCAAAAAGUCUGCUGCUGCAGCUGCGGGGCCAGACAUGGGUGGUGUGACAUGGCAGGAUUAUGUCCCUUACCCAAAAGUUGAUCGACCCGUUCAAUUGGAAAUGCUUUCUGACUUUGACAGACUCUCACAAAACUGGACUGAGGAAGAAACAAAAGCUGGUCGUCGCUUGAUACGAUUCUGGCGUCUUCCUACUACUUACUCUCCCUCAUUCUCAUUUCAUUCCAACACUACUAAUACUAAUACUACUACUACUACUGGUGGUGGUGGUGGUGGUAGCAACACAGUGUCGAUAUCGUCACCGUCCUCUGCUUCUUCUUCAACGUCACUCGCUCUAUUAUUCCCAACAACAACAGCUUCAUCUUCAACAGUGUCACCGCCAAUCACCGUUUGCACAAAUACUGUUGUGUGCGAUUUCUGUAUCCUGUCCGAAGCGGACUAUCGUCACGAGUUUGAAAAGCAAAAGACCGCUGGCAUUAUCGCUGCUCACAAGAAGGAUGAAAAGGACGACUUGACAGCACAUAAUCACGGUCAAAGAGGAGAUGACACAAGCAACACCAUCGCCACCGCAGCCAGCAGCUACUACAGCACGGUGAUUUCGUGUAUUGCGUUCCAGAAUGACUUGUUUGUCACCUCAGUCGAUCUUAUCCAUCUGUUGGAAUGUAUCAUGCGGGUCACAUUGACAAUUGAUGAAAAGAACCGUAUCCGUCGGAAUCUGGAAGGCUUCCAUCCGAUCACUGCAAGCAAGUACAGUAACAAGACCGCUGAUCUGUUUCGUCACGUGAUGAAUUUUGGCAACCCUAUUCCACGAUCCAUCGAAAAAGAUCUCAAGAUUUUCCAUUGGCAUAUCCUGCCUUAUGCACUGAAGAAGAUUCUCGCAAAGUAUUUGACGGACUUUGAUCAGGGAGAAAGUGCUGUUGCUGCAGCACUGUCAACAAUGCCAAUGAAUGCUAUUGAACACAAUACUAUUCCUCCCCCUCUGCAACCAUCGCAUUUUUCGUCGUCGUCGUCUACACGCUCUACACAGCGACAACAAUAUCAUCAGCAGCAGCAACAACCUGUUGCUGUUAUGCCAUCUUCUUCUACAAGUGCUUAUUAUUCGCCAUUUCUACCGACGCUUCCAGCAUUUAACACGGAAGACAACCAACAAGAACCACAACAGCUGCAAUAGGGGCAGUAGCGGUGACGGAUAUGACAGUUUCAAUCCGCUUGUAAGCUCGUGUACGGUAGUGCAUGAUCCUCUCGUUUCACAGCUGGAUCGAAUCAGAAGAUUAUCGUAAUAGUAGUAGUAUUGCAAACAGUAUAUUUCCCUUUGUAUAUAUAUAAUUACUCCCGUCAUGUAAUAACAUAGCUCAUACACACUUGCUUUUACUCCAUAGUUGUUAUACUACACACACCUAUACAUAGCUUUACUGCCUUUUGCACAGAAAUCACAUACUAUUUAAUGGCAGCAAUGAAAAAAAAACUUGCGUUAUUAUCAUUAGUCA